AUGACAACCCAUGCCCUCAAGACCCAUCGUCGGGAUCAACUUAUUGAAUGGAUCAAAGGCCUGCUAGCCGUCCCCUUUGUCCUGCAUUCCCAGCCCACCGCAAUCUACCAGGAACAUAGCGAAGGGCUGAAGUCCGUCGCCGCCGACACCCACGUCCGCUAUGCAGAGAUCAUGCGAGAUGUAGAGCGACUGGUAAUCGAUCACAUCCAACACCACGAACGCAAUGCCCCAGGCAAAUCCAAACUCAACCUCCUCGUGCCGACCGUCGGCACCUUCUUCACCCAGCUGUACCUGGAAGAUGCAUUCAAAUACCAAGACCAGCAGCGAUUCAUCAGCCGACGACGCUUCGUCGCGCCCUCAUUCAACGAUAUCCGACUAAUCCUCAACUCCGCCCAGGUCAUCGGCCUCGUCCGCUCCAGCGACGUGAAACUAGUCACGUUCGAUGGAGACGUGACACUCUACGAUGACGGCGCCUGUCUCAUGGCUGAUAACCCAGUCAUCCCCCGUAUCCUGCGUCUCCUGCAGCAGGACCGUAAGGUGGGCAUCGUGACGGCGGCGGGUUACACCGAGGCCCCGAAGUACUACGAGCGACUCCAGGGUCUGCUCGAGGCUAUCCACGGGUCAACUGACCUCACUGAGGACCAGAAGCAAGGUCUGAUUGUCAUGGGCGGCGAGAGUAACUUCCUGUUCCGGUUUGAUCCUACCUCGACGGCUAGACUGGCCUAUGUGCCGCGCAAGGAGUGGUUGCUGGAUGAGAUGCAGGCUUGGAGUGAGGAUGAUAUUACCCAGCUGCUUGAUAUUGCUGAGUCGGCUUUACGGGCUUGUGCUUCGAAUCUUAAUCUGCCGGCUGCGGUCCUAAGGAAGGAUCGUGCUGUUGGUGUUUACCCGGUUAAUGGGGUUAGGAUUAAUCGGGAGCAGUUGGAAGAGACCGUUCUGGUGGUGCAGAAUACGGUGCAACGGUCGGCUGUUGGGUCGCGUCUGCCUUUCUGUGCUUUUAAUGGUGGGAAUGAUGUCUUUGUGGAUAUUGGUGAUAAGUCUUGGGGUGUGCGUGCUUGUCAGCGCUACUUUGGGGGUAUUGAUCCGGCUAAGACGCUUCAUGUUGGUGAUCAGUUCUUGUCGGCUGGUGCUAAUGACUUUAAGGCACGUCUUGCAUCCACGACUGCCUGGAUCGCAAGCCCGGCUGAGACGGUGGACCUACUCGAUGAGUUGGAGAAAACGGUCAACCCGGAGUAG